UAGAUUCAGAGAUGAGAAGCAGGCCAGCAGCAUCAUCUCCCACAUGAAGAAGUCACGAAGCCUCCACAUCAUGUGCCACAUCCCAGUGUUCUGCUGGAUCACUGCUACAGUUGUGGAGGAGCUGCUGAGAACCAGAGAGGGAGGAGAUCUGCCCAGAACCCUGACUGAGAUGUUCAUCCACCACCUGGUGGUUCAGGUCAAAGUCAAAAAGUUCAAGUAUGAUGGAGGAGCUGAGACAGAUCCACACUGGAGUCCAGAUAGCAGGAGGAUGAUUGAGUCUCUGGGAAAACUGGCUUUUAAUCAGCUGCAGAGAGGAAACCUGAUCUUCUAUGAGUCCGACCUGACAGAGUGUGGCAUCGAUAUGGAAGCAGCGUCAGUGUACUCAGGAGUGUUGACACAGAUCUUUAAAGAGGAGAGAGGACUGUACCAGGACAAGGUGUUCUGCUUCAUCCAUCUGAGUGUUCAGGAGUUUCUGGCUGCGCUUUAUGUCCAUCAGACCUUCAUCAACUCUGGAAUCAACCUGCUGGAAGAACAAGAAACUGCCUCCAAGAAGUUGAAAGUAUUUCUAAAAAAACCUGAACUACACCAUCUUCACCAGAGAGCUGUGGACGAGGCCUUACAGAGUCCAAACGGACACCUGGACUUGUUCCUGCGCUUCCUCCUGGGUCUGUCACUGCCGACCAAUCAGAAUCUCCUACGAGGGCUGCUGACACAGACAGGAAGUAGCUCACAGACCAAUCAGAAAACAGUGGAGUACAUCAAGGAGAUGAUCAGUGAGAAUGUGUCUGCAGAGAGAAGCAUCAAUCUGUUCCACUGUCUGAAUGAACUGAAAGAUGUUUCUCUAGUGGAGGAGAUCCAACAGUCCCUGAGAUUGGGACGUCUGUCCACAGAUGAACUGUCUCCUGCUCAGUGGUCAGCUCUGGGCUUCAUCUUACUGUCAGCAGGAGAACAUCUGGACGUGUUUGACCUGAAGAAAUACUCUGCUUCAGAGGAGGCUCUUCUGAGGCUGUUGCCAGUGGUCAAUGCCUCCAAGAAAGUUGUAUUGAGUGGCUGUAAUCUGUCAGAGAGAGGCUGUGGAGCUCUGUCCUCAGUCCUCAGCUCCCAGUCCUCCAGUGUGACAGAGCUGGACCUGACUAACAACAACCUGCAGGAUUCAGGAGUGAAGAGUCUUUCUGCUGGACUGGAGAGUCCACACUGUAAACUGGAAGCUCUCAGGCUGUCAGGCUGUCUGGUCACAGAGGAAGGCUGUACUUCUCUGGCCUCAGCUCUGAGCUUCAAGCCUUCAAAUCUGAGAGAGCUGGACCUGAGCUACAACCAUCCAGGAGACUCAGGAGAGAAGAUGCUGAGGGAUAAAGUGGAGGAUCCACACUGUAGACUGGAUACUCUCAGGGUGACGCCUGCUGGAGUCCGAUGGUUGACACCAGGUCUGAGGAAGUAUUCCUGUCAACUCACAGUCGACACAAACACAGUAAACAGAAAACUCAGACUGUCUGACAACAACAGGACGGUGACAUAUGUGGAGGAGGAUCAGUCGUAUCCUGACCAUCCAGACAGGUUUGACUGGUAUCAGUUGCUGUGUGGAACUGGUCUGACUGGUCGCUGUUACUGGGAGGUCGAAUGGAAAGGAAUGGUUGAUAUAUCAGUGAGUUACAGAGGAAUCAGAAGGAAAGGAGACAGUGUUGACUGUGUGUUUGGAUAUAAUGAUCAGUCCUGGAGUCUGAUCUGCUCUGAUCGUCAUGGUUACUCUGUCAUUCACAAUAAGAGAGAAACACCCAUCAGAUGGAAGUGA